UGAAGGGACCAUCGCGGAUAACUAUCACAUAUUCCUCCGUUUGAAUAUUGUCGCUUAUCAGACAACACACUCCUCCUUCCUCCCAUCGGUAACGCGCCGUCGCUGUGGGUCUUUCAUACGGAGGGCUUGCCUGUUUUUUCCUCCGGGAGGCUGAAUGGAAGCAGCAGCCGAGGGAGCGGUCGGGCUGUCGGAGGCCAGGGACGGGAGCCCGCUAUCCGUGGCCGCAGCAUCCGAUGAUGGGGACACGGUCGUUGGAGUUAGCUACGGGAUGGACGCCGCAGACAUGGAUGCUGCUGCUAAGAAGGCCUUCAUCACAGAGAUGCCCUCAUCCUCAGGCCAGCCUGGUCAGGGAAAGAAGAUUGGCCACAGAGGGGUGGAUGCAUCAGGGGAAACUACUUAUAAGAAGACCACAUCCUCAGCCUUGAAAGGUGCCAUCCAGCUGGGCAUCGGUUACACAGUGGGCAACCUGAGCUCCAAGCCUGAGAGGGAUGUGUUGAUGCAGGACUUCUACGUGGUGGAGAGCAUCUUUUUCCCCAGUGAAGGCAGCAACCUCACUCCAGCCCACCAUUUCCCGGACUUCCGCUUUAAAACAUACGCUCCCGUGGCCUUCCGCUACUUCAGAGAACUGUUUGGCAUCAGGCCGGAUGACUACCUGUACUCCCUAUGUAAUGAGCCUCUGAUCGAGCUGUCCAAUCCUGGAGCGAGUGGCUCUGUCUUCUAUCUUACGAAGGACGACGAGUUCAUCAUCAAGACUGUGAUGCACAAGGAGGCUGAAUUCUUACAGAAACUGCUGCCUGGAUACUACAUGAACUUGAAUCAAAACCCCCGCACUCUGCUGCCCAAGUUUUUCGGCCUCUACUGUGUCCAGUCGGGUGGGAAGAACAUCCGCGUGGUGGUGAUGAACAAUGUCCUUCCCCGCGUAGUUCGCAUGCACCUCAAGUACGACCUGAAGGGCUCCACCUACAAGAGGCGAGCGUCCAAGAAGGAAAGAGAGAAGGCCAGACCCACUUUCAAAGACCUGGACUUCAUGCAAGACCUGCAGGACGGACUGAUGCUGGACCAGGACACUUACAAUGCACUGGUCAAGACCCUACAGAGAGACUGCCUGGUGCUGGAAAGCUUUAAGAUCAUGGACUACAGUCUGCUGCUCGGGGUUCACAACAUGGACCAGGCAGAGAGGGAGAGGCAGAUGGAGGGCUCCCAGGGCGGCAGUGAUGAGAAGAGGCCAGUGGCCCAGCAGAAGGCCCUAUACUCCACAGCCAUGGAGUCCAUCCAGGGAGGAGCUGCUUGCGGAGGGUCCAUCGACACUGACGACACGAUGGGCGGUAUCCCGGCUGUGAAUGGCAAAGGAGAGAGACUUCUUCUCUAUAUCGGAAUCAUUGACAUCCUGCAGUCUUACAGGCUAAUCAAGAAACUGGAGCACACAUGGAAGGCUUUGGUUCAUGACGGGGACACUGUAUCAGUCCACCGGCCAGGCUUCUAUGCUGAUAGGUUCUUCAAGUUCAUGAGCAGCACGGUUUUCAAGAAGAGCUCCUCUCUGAAGUCGUCUCCAUCCAAGAAGGGUCGCGUGUCGUUGACGGUGCCUAAGUGCGCUGGCCCUGGUGCAGCCUGGUCAGCCAGCCAGCUGCCCUCCGAGAGAGACGAGAAUAUCUACGACCUGAGAGGAGCCCGCAGCUUCCCAACACUGGAGGAUGAGGGGCGUCCAGAUCUUCUUCCAUGUACUCCUCCGUCAUUUGAGGAGGCCACCACAGCAUCAAUUGCCACCACUCUCUCUUCCACCACCUCUCUGUCCAUCCCAGAGAGGUCCCCCUCUGACACAGCCGAGCACCCCCGCUACAGGAGGCACACCCAGUCUCUCAGCCAUGACGGAAGGACCCAGGAGGAGCUGCGUGUGCGUGAGGAGGAUCAGCAGACCAUCACAGUGGAGGUGGAGCUGAAGAGACACGACAGCGAGCCCACCAUCUCUGUUCCACAGCCUUCACCUGAAACCAGUGAGGUUCAGGAAGGAGCUGGGGCCGAGGCUCCCGAUGCCUCUGCAGCAGCACCUUCCGGCUCUUCAUCAGCCCCAGAAGCAGCCUCCUCCUCCUCGUCUGGCCCAGCCGCUCCCUCCUCUCCCGAGGCAGCCAAGGAAGCCCCGUCCAGUCCCAAGGUGGCGGUGGACGCAGACAGGGCCAGCCAGAUGUCCGGCUCAGGGUGCACCAGCCAGGCUUCAGUCGAUGACGACGAUGACGUGCCAAUCACAGAUAUCUACUUUCCUCCAGAGGACAGGACCUGGGUGUACUCUCCGCUACACUAUGGCUCAGAGUCUAAGGCCCUGCCAGAUGGGGAUUGGGAAAGAGAGACAUAAACCCUGUUCUCUGGCAGAGAGGAGUGAACGUCUCAGUGGAGAGGACUCAUCGGUCUGAAGUCCAGACCUCAGCGGUAGCAGCGGGAUCUCUGUCGGAACCAGGAUUUUAAACAUGAAUACAGAAACUGACACCGAGGGGGAAAAAGUGACUUGAGUACCAGAGGGGGAAAAAAUCCUGACAGUGAUGACAUCGUGGAUUUCCAACCAUCCCUGCCUUUCACCCUUGACAAAUGAAAAUUAUAUCAAUUUAAUAAUAAUGUGUAUGUGUGACAUACAGUAGUGCAUAUACUGUAGUCUUAUAUGUUUGACAUACAUGAAAGACCAUAGUAACUCACAGUGCCUAUGAAAAAUAUUCACUCCCUUGGAAGUUUUCAUGGUAUGAUAUUAUAACAUUGAAUCAAAGAAGAUAUAAUGAUGUUUUUUUAGACUGAUCAAUGAAAAAACAGACUCUAAAGAGGCCAUAUUAUGCCCCAGGUUCAUACUUUAAUCUGGGUGGGUUAAGUAGGUUUACAUGUUUAAAUGUUCAAAAAACAGAUUGUAUUAUUAUGUGCAUUGCUGCAGCUCCUCUAUUCACCCUCUGUCUGAAACACUCUGUUCUAGCUCCUGUCUCUUUAAAGCCCGGUCUGCUCUGAUUGGUCACACCCACAAGCCUUAGUAUGCACCGCCCACCGUGUAGCUUGUCUCACUGCCCAGCUGGCUGCUACCACAACAGCAACAAUUAACAUGCAACAGGAAUACUGGUGAGGAUGCCAGAUCAGAAUGGGCUUCCAUAUGACAACAAGGCUAACGUUAACUCGGCUAGCACUGGUGAACAAAAUUCCUCAAAAAGCAACAUGAAAAAGUAGUUAUCGGCCUUAAAGCUUGAUGUUCACACAGUUUCUUUUGACUGUCCCUCAGUAUUCAAUUGGUCCAGCAUCGCCCCAACCUGUGGGAGUAAUAGUUUGAAGGCGUGCCAAACUAGUUGCUAGGUUGGCAUUAUGCAAGUAUGUUACAUAGUGACACAAACAAGUAACGGAAGCAAAGGCUGGACAACAUUCAAGAUGUUUCAGGCAGUUCAAGAGCAGUGUUAUCUAUAGGAGAGAAUCACUCCCUUUGCACCCAAAAGCUAGAGAGCAUACUAAAGGAAAGGGGAGACCCCAAAAAUCAUAGUAUGGCCUCUUUCACAUCAGUAAACAUGAAAUAAAACAUAACUUCCAAGUGGGGUGAAUAGUUUUUGUCAGUAUUGUACAUUAUGAUCUAGUUCACACAAGCACAGCCCUCUAAUAGGCUUUGCAGGCUUGCCUACUCACCCCUGCAGGGAUAUUGAUUCUUGAUACUGACUUUACUGUUAUUGUACCCUCACCUGGCGUCCAGCUUUCUCUACCUGGGAGCAGGACAUGCAGCCACAUGUACAUUUCAGUGUUCUGAGUGAGUGGUCAAGCCUGUGUGUUGGAGGGCUGUGCCUGCGCUCAUAGAACUGGAGUAACAAUGAUAACCAUCAUUUGGCCAAUCAAAACAGGACAUCUAGACGUCUGUGUCAUCCUCACAUUCCCAGUAGUGAAUAUAUGCAGUUAAGUUUAUAGAGUGAAAAAUGAAUACACAUAAUUUCCUUUAUUGAAUAGAUAGAGUGAUCAGUAGUUGUUUCAUUCAUAGCAUAGUAAUUUAUUAUUUAUAUCAAAUUGUUUUUUUUGCACCAUUUUAUAUUUAAGUUUUUCUUCAGCUGUUUUACUACUGUGAACUCUUAUUUAUUUUGUCUGUAUUUUAUUCUAAUCUUCACUGUUACUGGUACUUUUUCACUCAACUUAAUUUUUUUAUUUGUGUCCAAAGAACUUUAGUUUUUUUUGCUUUGAUCAUUUCAUCAAUGCAGCUUUUUUAGAAGUUUCCCAGCUUGUUCUUUUUUUUUGUUUUUACAUCACGUUUGUUGUGUAAAUUCAGUGUUCCUACUUUUUUCACUACACCUCUUGUGGAAUCAGCUGAGGCUUAUGACUCUUGCCUUCAAAACAGAAGGCCUCAAUUGCAACACUAAGGCAGCAGACAUUGUCAGUCAUUAUCUUCACAUCAUUACAAUGUCUUCCAGUGUUGCCCUAUUUUUGGACAGAUGCACACAAAUCAUUUGUAACAAUAAAAUUUCAUAUUUUCUUUAAUUUUUUUUAAGGUGGAAAUAUAAUCAGCAUAUCAGUGACAGUUGCUAUAUCUGGUCGCCCUCACCUCCUCACAGUAAGAAAUCCAUUGACUGGACAUUUCAGAUGUUUGUAGAUGUAGAGCAUCAGUUGUAGUAUUUGCAGUCAAUAUCGUACCUGUUAUCUGUAUACAGUAUGUGAAUGAACACAGUGCGUUGCAGUGUUGACUUGGUGAGACACAGCAGUUUGUAAAUGGGUUGAAUGUUGUUUGCACUUAUCAAGAGGACCUGAACAUGAACUAGUGAUAGAGGCCAAAUAAACAUGCAUCACGUUAUCUUCGUUUCUGCUCACACAGGCUGAUAUUUACACAGCGUUUAUGUUCAGAUUAUCAAGUGUGUGUGUUGGUGAAGUCAAUCACAGUCAUUGUAGGGUUAGUGUUUACUGUCUGUUAGUGUCUUUGUGGCUGACGUCUUAGGACUCUCAAGUAAGGCUUAAAGCUGGGAUAGGCAGUUUUUGGUUUCUUUUUUUUUUCGUCAUUGGACAAAAAUUCCAUAAUAAUGUUUCAGAAUGUUGUAAUUCAAGUGGUCUGAGAGAAAACUAGCCUUGUGCACCUCCUCUUGGCUGUUUUCAGGCUUUACAAAAUCUCACCCACGAUGGGAGACUUUGGCGGUGAAACUCGGAUUCAGUGGCGGAAAAUCCUGCAACUUGUGAUAAAUUUCCAGUCCCUCUUGCUCACAAAGGCGUAUAGUACAAAAUAUGUGUGAACACAUCACAGCUCCACGCGGCGCUCCCGACUCAUUAUAUUCGAAGCCAUGGCGCUCAUAUCGACAAGUGGCAGGAGGCAUGGUGACAAACAGUGUCGAAUAACUAUUGAGGGGGGAGUGGGUGUGUGUAGUGUACUAGCCGUGCGGCUUUCACUGACACAAAGCUGAGCAUGUCCAAUUUCCUUUUUUGUGGUGUUGGAGGUCAGUGUGACAGUCCAAUAACUCAGCACCCCCUCCUCCUAGAGAAUUCAGGUCUGCUGUUUCUUGCCCCCCACCGCCAAAGCAGAGUGUUGCAGAGGCAGUCAUAAAGGAAGUCUGCACCAUCCUCUCAUUCUGCUGUUAGGCAGCAUUGCAGCUUCCGCUGAAGCCUGUGGCGCGCCGGCAUGGGGCCGCAACGAGCUAAAAGAACAUUCUUAAGCAGACAAGUCACAGCAAGAGGGGGAGCCAGAGGGUUUUUCUUUUUUGUAUGUUCAAACUGCCUACUGCAGCUUUAAGGUCAACAAACACUUUUUUUUUUUUAAUCUAACCUUCAGAAGCAGUUUCUUCAAUUGGUUGGUAUGUUUUUAUGUGUGUUUGUGUGUAAGGGAGGACACAUCAAUGUCAGACUUUGUAAAAUAGAAAUCAGCUCAUUCUCAUGAUGUGCAGUGGCCAGUUGUAAUCAGUUUGCUGUUGUUCAUCAGAUUGAGACCAUAGCAGCAAUAUUUUGUACAGUCUAGCUUUUAAGUUCAUUUUUAUUGCCUUAUUGAGAAAUUUUACAUGUAGGCCUGUUGUUUAUAUUUUUUUCACUUGUGCUGUUGUAUUUAUUUUUCUUUCUCAUAGUUGUGCUCCUGAGAAUGUGUACAUAAAAUUAUAAAUACAUAUAUAAAGAUAUACAAAUAUAUUUUCCAUUUGAAUCGGAGAAUAUUAUUUUUAUUUGGUUUUAUUUUUGCUGCUGGGCAAGAAAUGAUUGCAAUCUUCAUAAUUUACUGUACCAUAUUCUUCAGUGUGUUUAUUGAGAUGCAGCUGCUGUAUAUUUAUGGUCUAUAAAUCACAGCUGUUUCUUUGUAAGAUAUCCAAAAUUGAAAGAUUUGUGCGUUUUACUGUACAUGCAAAUCAAUAGGGAUUCUUCCAACUGUUCAGCUGUGUUGUGUAUGUGUUUUCAAAUCGCUGUGUGCCCUCAUCCUAUAGGGAGAGUCCUUUACAGAGACAUAGCAUGAUUUCAAAAUGAAUAUGCAUAUCAGAAAUGUGUAUUUAUGUAUAUCUGUGUAUAUUCAUCUAUUUAUACGUGAGGAUAAAUAGAUGGCUGUAUGUGUGUGUGUUUGGACUCAAUCAGAAUGAUUACAAAA